CCCAGUUGCAUAACAAACAAGAAAGAUAGCACAAAGGUUCUUUACCUUUUGGUAAAUGUUGCUGCCAGUACGAAGUGCAACAAGUAGAACUCUCUUCAAAAGUACUGUAAAAUGGCAAGGUAUCUGAGCAAGUGAGCCCAUGUUGAAAAUAUUUAUAGGUGUGUUAUCAGUAUAUCCGCAUUUAAUCAUCUGUCCCAAAAAUUGUUUAUCAAGAUGAUACUCAGAAAUUAAACAACUGCAAAAUAAACAAGUAUAUAAAUAAAGGUUUUAAAAUGGUAGUAAAGUUUCAAAUGCUUCUACAAAUAUAUAUUCAUAUAACCUUUUGAUGUCAGACAAACUUGUUUUAGACCAAUAACUUGAUUUCCCAUAGUUUACCAUAGUACAUUUGCACAGUCAUUUUGAAGUUUAAACCAUCCCUAUGUAUUUUCCAUGUUUAAUCGUGGUUUUUACCAUGUGUGUCUGUUCUCUUACACGUUGCUGUGUAAGGGUUAAAAGUUAUUUAACCUGGCAAACCAGUUUUCUGAAACCAAGCCCCAUUUAAUGUAAACCAGGUCAUGUGACCAAUCCCAGCGAAGCAGAGCUAAUCUCAUAUCAGGUUAAUCUGUCAGUCUGGAGCUUUAUCACGGAAGGCACAGUUUACAAGUGGAGUGAAGAAAGGGUACACGUCACUUUGACACUAAUUUUACAUUCGUUUUUAAAGUGGAAACUGUUUUCAUGAGUGUGACCCGCCUGUGCCAUAUUAAGGACCAUCUUCAGUCAGAAAAAAAGCUGGAAACUAUGACACAAGUACACAGAAGUCCCUUGACGACCCAUGUGUUAAACACGGCCCGGGGAGCCCCUGCAGCUAACCUUGCCCUGAGUCUAUACAGACUAGAGGGGCCUCCCAAUCUACAGGAGUGGAGACCGCUGACCUGUGGGGUCACCAAUUCUGAUGGCAGAUGUCCAGAUCUUGUUAGUCCUGAAACUUUCACCGCUGGGAUGUAUAAGAUGCGAUUUGAAACUGGAGAUUACUGGAAUAAACUUGGAGAGACUAGCUUCUACCCGUAUGUAGAGAUUGCUUUUAAUAUAAUAGACCCCUCUCAGAAGUACCACAUCCCUCUGCUCCUCAGCCAGUUCUCCUACAGCACAUACAGAGGCAGUUAGUGCUAAACCCUGGACCUUGGGGUAACACAUAUCACAGGUGCUGGAGCAGAACUCGACCAGGGCAGAGGCCCUCUGAAUUCAGACAGUAUGGAAUCUGCUGACUGACUAAGCUUUGCAGUCCGAUUGGAAGAUCUACUAUUGGAACAGUGCUGCAUUUCUGGCAUUCUACUACAGUACAGUACACAUUCAUUACCUGACAGAUUUUAAUUGUAAUAAAAAUGCAUGUGUUUGGCCCUGA